UUUACAUCUAUGAAGAUUAUAUUUGCCGUUGGUCACACUGCCAAAACGAAAAACAAAAUAAUUGUAACAAUUUUAGCGAGAACAAAAAUAACACAGUGUAAUUAUUUUAAACAAGUUCAGUCUGUGCAAUAGGUAUUUGUAAGAGAGAUUACAAGAAAAGUAAACAUGGCAACAUUACCGCCCCGAAAGAAUCAAACGCCAACCCGCAUUUGCCAAACCAUGAAGCCUCACUUGACUCCUCUCCAGACGUUGCUGCAAAUGGGUUUCCAGAAGCAUAGAGCUGAAAAGGCUCUAGCUUCAACCGGCAAUAGAGGCGUACAGAUAGCAUCUGAUUGGCUUCUGGCCCAUGUUAACGAUGCAGCUUUGGACGAAUGUGCUCCACGCGAGUACAUUAUUUAUGCAUGCCCAACUGGACCAUUUCUACAGCAGCUGGAGGAGUUCUGGUCAAAAUCACGCCAAAUGUGCGGUUGGAAUGGGGCGCACAACUAUGUGCCCCACAUAACGCUAGUAUCAUUCUUUAAGGCCCCCGACGAAUGCUCUCUGCAGCUGUCGAAAGCUCUUAAGCAAGUCGUGGAUAUGACAGGCGCACUGCUCGAUCGGCCUAUCAAAUUAGAGCCAUAUAUGAGCCAAAACUUUAUGGGAUUCUUUGUGGCCGAGGAUGAUGCCAACUAUUUGAAACGUCUUGCUUUACAAUAUGUUAAGGAGGUUUCCAACUCAAUUAUAAGCGAUACUUACGAGCAGCUGGAUGCCAUUGUCGCCUGCUUCCCUUGGUGUGGAGCAGUUUCAUCAGGCACCCGCUGUAUUCCGCGGAGCAGUCGAUCCAUCUCACUCGAGCCACACGUAAAGAGCCUGCACCUGACGCUCGCCUAUCAGUUUCCGCAGGCACAAUUCAAUGCACUGAAAUCACUUGUGGAAACCCUCGAUGCCAGCUGUGCAUCCAAUUGGGAGCUGCGUUUGUAUUCCCGCGACCCACGACUCGCCACCAAACAAGUGCAAAAAGUAGUAUAUCCCCAUAACCCGCAUGAAACGGACGAGCUGGAGUUGCGUAUUGGGGAUUAUAUUUACUUAAAUAGCGAAGGCGUUGAUAGUUCCAGUGACGGCUGGGCAGAGGGAAUAUCUUGGCUAACUGGUAGCACUGGUCAUUUGCCAGUUAAUUACACGGAGCGCACCGCUGAAUCGGAUGCCUGGACAUUGCAUCGUGUGGUUCAGCUUUCGAAGAGUGUAGCAUCGUCACUUAACUCUGCCGAAGAUAUAGACAUUGUUGACGGACGGAGUAUAUCCACAGAGCCCGAGGAGCGUCAGCGAGAGCUGCAGCAAAGCGCACAACAUCCUGAGAUUAUAGAGGGCUCCUCUUUUGAGGAGUCAGAGCAGAGCGUCGAAAAAUACUUGCGUCAGACCUUGCAGCCCUGCCUGGAAUUGCCGUCGGUGCAGCUCCUAAACAGUCAUAAUCUAACUCUUCAGCAUAAUCAGCACACUCCUACAAUUGAGAUUACAGCGAAUAUGUCUUCCAACUCACUAUCUCAAAACGUUGAUGAGAUCAUGGUGGAACCAUUAGCGGAGCAGUUACCACGACCGGAUGAUACACUCAGCGUGCACUCGGAUCAUUCACACCCGCACUUGCAGCCAAAUGCAUUGGAUGCCGAACCCAGUAAGAAUCGCAAGAUCUACAUUAUGAGGCAUGGCGAACGAGUGGAUUUUACUUUUGGCACCUGGAUACCCUAUUGCUUUAACGAGUUCGGCAACUAUAUGCGCAAAGAUCUCAAUAUGCCUAAGGUAUUGCCACAUCGUAGGAACAGUCCCGAAGGCUGGCAAAACGACUCGCCUUUGACAAAUGUGGGGCUAUACCAGGCGCGUCUAACCGGUGAGGCUCUGCUGGAGGCUAAUGUACAAAUCGAUCAUGUGUACUGUUCACCCUCAUACCGAUGCGUUCAAACUUGUACAAGUGCUUUGGAGGGUCUUCAAUUGAAUGGUAAACACAAAAUUAAGCUGGAGCCUGGAUUGUUUGAGUGGAUGGCCUGGUAUCCCAAUGGUGUGCCCGAUUGGUUAAGCAAGAAAGAGUUAACUGACUCCAGGUACGAUAUUGAUUUGACCUACGAGCCUGUGCAGCAAGCCACAGAUUUAACAGCCCAGUUAAAGGAAUCAACGGAACAGUUUUAUAUGCGUAACCAUGAAGUGCUACUACAGUUGCUGGAGCGGACCACUGGUAAUCUUCUUGUUGUCGCACAUGCCACUACAUUGGAUACGUGCUCGCGCCAACUGACAGGUGGAGCAGCACGCAAUACCAACGAGCUGCGACAGGUUAUACACAAAAUACCCUACUGUAGCCUGGUCACAGUAGAACAGUUGGAUGGUGUAUGGAAAUUGGUCGAACCAGAUUGCCUGCCCGUAACACACUCUAAAAAUCCACGAUUUGAGUGGAGUGCUCUGUCGACCACCUAGUGCCCGUGCUUGGAGCAGUUUCUGUGCAAGCAUUGAGACUGAACCGAAACUCACAUCACACAACAUUACACAUAUUCAGAAAUAAACAUACGUAAUUUGUUAAGUUUAAUAAUUGGCAUCCAAAGCGCUAACAUUAUUUACAUGCGAUGUAUCCACUGAUGACUAUAAUAUUACUGCCAUACGUUUAUACCGGAAUUAAAUGAAAACACCCUUGCUUACAAUAUAAACAUAAAUAUUUA